CCUAUUCGGAUUAAUUUAUCGCACAGUCCGGUUGGCAAUCUCCGUCGGAUUAAUCAUCUUUCCCAUGCUGCUAUGUAUCCGACGUUGAGAAGAGCCCACUCCGAGCUCGAAGAGUUUUCAGAAGAAGAAAACGAUGGAUUCUGCAGCUCAGAAACACGUUCUUAUGAUUUGUGGAGACUACAUGGAAGAUUAUGAGGUAAUGGUACCAUUUCAGACCCUUCAAGCCUAUGGAAUCAAGGUGGAUGCUGUUUGCCCCGGGAAAAAAGCUGGCGAUAAAUGCCCCACUGCUAUACUUCAAUUCUUUGGUCACCAGACUUAUUCAGAGCUACGAGGUCACAAUUUUGAAUUGACAGCAACAUUUGAUUAUAUUGAUGUAAAGAUGUACGAUGGGUUGGUGAUUCCUGGAGGACGGGCACCUGAGUACCUAGCUCUAAAUGAAUCUGUUCUUGAACUGGUUAAGCAUUUUUUUGAUUCAAACAAACCCAUUGCUGCUAUCUGUCAUGGGCAAUUGAUUCUUGCUGCUGCAGGUGUGUUAAAAGAGAAAAUGUGUACGGCAUAUCCUGCUGUAAAGCCUGUUGUUGUUGCUGCAGGGGGGAUAUGGAAAGAACCAGAGGCAUUAUCAGCAUGCUGCAUUGAUGGUAAUUUGAUCACCAGUACAGCUUGGCACGGACACCCUGAAUAUAUAAGCCUUUUCUUGAAGUCACUGGGAGGAAAGGUUACUGGCACAGGGAAACGUGUUCUUUUUCUCUGUGGGGACUACAUGGAAGAUUAUGAAAUUAUUGUUCCAUUCCAAGUUUUGCAAUCUUUAGGCUGCAAUGUUGAUGCUGUUUGCCCAGGCAAGAAUGUUGGGGACACAUGCCUAACUGCUAUCCAUGAUUUUGAAGGUGACCAAACAUAUAGUGAAAAACCAGGCCAUAAAUUCACUCUCAAUGCUAAUUUCGAAGAUGUCAAGGUUGAAGACUUCGAUGCUUUGGUAAUUCCUGGAGGUCGUGCUCCUGAAUAUCUUGCAUUAAAUGACAAGGUUUUAUCCAUUGUAAAGCUAUUUGCAGAAAGUAAAAAACCAAUUGCCUCAAUUUGUCAUGGGCAGCAGAUACUAGCAGCAGCAAACAUACUCAAGGGAAAAAGGUGUACAGCAUACCCGGCAGUAAAACUUAAUGUAUUGCUUGCUGGUGCUGAAUGGAUGGAGCCAGAACCAAUAACUAAAUGCUUUACAGAUGAGAACCUAGUGACAGCAGCAGCUUGGCCUGCACAUCCUGAAUUUAUCUCCCACAUUAUGGUAUUGUUAGGAGUUAGUGUAUCAUUUUGAACUGAUGGUCAUGUUACCUAAGAACUAAUUGUACUUUGUAUGUGCAAAAAUUCUUUGUUGUAUGGACCUGCUGAGUGUAAUAUGUAAUAGAACUCUCUAUUAAUAUACAUCAGUGUAAUUGGGACACACAUUUCCUGACUCUUGGGAAUGUCCUUAUCUCAAAUAUUCUUGAAUACUGCAAGUUGCAGGUACUUAAAAGGAUAUUGAGAAAAAUGAAUAACAUAUUCUCUUUGAGCUUGGGGAA